AUGGCAAUGCUGACAAUCGUGGUGCUGCAGGCCAUCAUCGGAAUGUUUUUCCAAGAUGGACUUACAGGAUCGGCCUGGGGCGACUGGAGCCUCUACACGGCCUCGCCUCUGCGUGCCAGGGAGUCCAAGGUCGCACGCAACUUCUUCGGCGGAUCCACUAGCCCGAUGCAGCUUUGUCAGCCAUUGCCCGAUUCGGCGAUGCGACACCGCCCUUUGUGGGCGGCCAUCCUUUCUUUCAAUUUCUUUCUGUCAGAUGAGUCUCUGAGGAUCCCGGUGUUGGGAGGUGCCCAGAUCAUUGCCUUCUGCGGCCUCAUCGAGACCACGGGCUUCUUCCAGGCCGCGUCUACCACGGAUGGCCGUGGACCUCGCGAGGGCCAGUUCGCCAUGAAGGACUCGACGGAGGCAGCUGAGCCGGGCAACUACGGCGUGGGCUUCCCCACCUUCCUUGGCAAGGUGGAUGACCCCGAGACCCGCAAGAGCAAAUUGGCGGCCGAGUUGGCCAAUGGCCGCCUGGCCAUGAUGGCCAUCAUCGGAAUGUUUUUCCAAGAUGGACUUACAGGAUCGGCCUGGGGCGACUGGAGCCUCUACACGGCCUCGCCUCUGCGUGCCAGGGAGUCCAAGGUCGCACGCAACUUCUUCGGCGGAUCCACAAGCGCCCCAAGCUUCGACCCGGCCAACGAGUUGGGUGUGCAAGAGCCCAUCGGGUUCUGGGACCCCCUGGGCCUGAGCGCCGACAACGACGAGGCCACGUUCAAGCGCCGCCGCGCGGUGGAGAUCAAGCACGGCCGCAUUGCCAUGUAUGCUACCAUGGGAUAUAUCGUCCCGGAAUACUUCAAGUUCCCCGGCUUCUUGAGCCCAUCGCUUGGACUCAAGUUCAGCGACGUCCCGAACGGCCUGGCCGCCCUCUCCAAGAUCCCGGUGUUGGGAGGUGCCCAGAUCAUUGCCUUCUGCGGCCUCAUCGAGACCACGGGCUUCUUCCAGGCCGCGUCUACCACGGCAGCUGAGCCGGGCAACUACGGCGUGGGCUUCCCCACCUUCCUUGGCAAGGUGGAUGACCCCGAGACCCGCAAGAGCAAAUUGGCGGCCGAGUUGGCCAAUGGCCGCCUGGCCAUGAUGGCCAUCAUCGGAAUGUUUUUCCAAGAUGGACUUACAGGAUCGGCCUGGGGCGACUGGAGCCUCUACACGGCCUCGCCUCUGCGUGCCAGGGAGUCCAAGGUCGCUCGCAACUUCUUCGGCGGAUCCACUAGCGCCCCAAGCUUCGACCCGGCCAACGAGUUGGGUGUGCAAGAGCCCAUCGGGUUCUGGGACCCCCUGGGCCUGAGCGCUGACAACGACGAGGCCACGUUCAAGCGCCGCCGCGCGGUGGAGAUCAAGCACGGCCGCAUUGCCGAAGCCUCAGAGCAUCUCAGGGCCCUAUGA